AUGGGAAAUCAGAAAUAUCAUGAAAACUUCUAUGAGCUACUCAUGUGUGGACAAUUUUUCCUAAAUACUGAUGUUAUGGAUACUGAUUACUGCUCAAGUCCAGGCGACGUCAAAGGUGUGACCGAGGCAUCCAGUCCACGAACCAUCAAAAUUCCCGAGAGCCAAAACAAAUUGCGGCAGCAGGAGUUAACCGGGCCCCCGGUCAAAAGGGUCAGAAAUGGUGAGGAAUUUAAGAUAUCAGUGCGGGGCCCCUGUCCUUUUAGCAAAGGGGGCGGGGUCUUAACAGAACCAGCGAGCUUUGGGUCCCCCACAGAAGACAACAAAGGAGAGGAAUCUGUAUUUGUAAGAAGCUUGAUCUUGUUGCAGAGAAACGACAUAGCCAUGGCCAUCACGAAGUACGAUCAGUUUGACUUUCUGAUUGACAUCGUGCCCAGAGAUGACUCAAACCCCCAAGAGCAGGGAGGAGUCGAGUCGGACGGGUGUCCCUGCUGA